AUGGCGACUCGCAUCUCGAAGUUUACCUUGUUGAAAAGACGGUCAGAUCUUACCCACGACGAGUAUAACGAACAUUGGCAUACUACACACGCUCAUGUACUCGCCUCUCUGCCGGCGUUCUGGAAAUACAGCGAAUCCUAUGUACAGAACCACCUUCUGCCAAUGCCGGCCUCGCUGGCCGGCGAUGCGGACGUGCCAUUUGAUGGCAUUGCCAAGACAUAUCAGACCCCUCGGGACGACAUGAACAGACAGGACUUUUUCACGGAUCCCUCCUAUUUGACUAUCGUGCGAGAGGAUGAGUUGAAAUUCCUUUCUAUACAUUCUUGUACCUCGAUAUAUGGCACGGAACACAUCAUCAAGGAUGGCCCAACAUCUGGGGUAAAAUACCUGUCAUUCUUGCGCCGAUCAGAGAGUCUGGACCAAGAGACUUUUCUUAGCUAUUGGCUUACUCAACACGCACCCCUAGUUAAGAGUGUCGAGUCAUUCUACAAGCUCGUUCGGCGAUAUGUCCAGCAUCAUGGGUUGCUCAAACUGCAUCGAGCAAUGAGUGAGGAGGGAAGUUCUGAGACUUUUUCUGGAGUUGUUGAACUUUACUUCGACUCAAUCGAAGAUUUGGAAACCGCGUUCAACCUACCAGACUAUUUGGAGACUAUUCGACAGGACGAACGGAAAUUCCUAUGUGGUUCUAGCAUGCGAUUCAUUGUUGAGGAGCGCCCAGUAUUGAAGCCGAAGGGCUUAUCACCAUGA